AUGACGACUGCAGCGCUGCCUGUGUGUUGCGUAAUUGUCGUCGUCCUCCUGGCGACGUACGCGCGCGGACAGUUCGUCGAGCAGCCGACGUCGAGUCCCGUGACGGCGCUACGAGAGGGCAACGACGUCGAACUGCGAUGCGUCAUCGAGCCGACGUUUGACGGCGUCGCGGCGACGGGCGCGCUGUGGUACCGACGUGAUCGCCAGCAGUACAUCAACGUGCGAAGCGCGAGCCGGUACCGCUACGUCGACGCGAGCCACGAGAAUGGAGACUGGAGCCUUCUGAUCUCGAACACGACGAUCGACGACAACGGCUACUACUACUGCCAGUGGUCCGUGUUCGGCGGAGACUUCUACGAUUCGAGCGCCGUGAUGCUGACGAUCGUGAUGCCGCCAGAGAACAUCAGCUUGUACUACGACACCGUCGCGACGCACGGCGAGGUGGCGCUAGCGGCGUUCGAACCGGAAAACUUCACGUGCAUCGUCGCCAACAGCAACCCGGCGGCGAGCGUCACGUGGACGCUGGACGGACGCGACGUGAGCGAGCACGCGAACGUGACGCUGACGGUCGGCGAGACGCAGCAGCUGACGACGACGACGAGUCGGCUGUCGUACGCGUUUCACCCCGACGACAACGGCGCGCUACUGCGCUGCGACGCGCUGGUGAGCGCCGACGAAUUCUCGCUCGCCGUCACCGACAACGUCGAAGAACGCCUGCAGGUGACCGUCAACGUCUACUACCUGAACGCCAUCGUCAACGUCCUCAGCGCCAGCGCUUCGAGCGCGCUCGCCGAGGGAGAACGCAUGGAGCUGCGAUGCGAAGCGCGAGGAAACCCGCCGCCGCGCGUCACGUGGCACUUCACGCCGACGGACGGCGACGACACGACGCUGUGGACGGACAACGAACGGCUACUUGUCGUCGACGGCGUGACGCGAGAGAAUAGUGGCGAGUAUUGGUGCGAGGUCGACAGCAGCGUCGCGCAGUACGCGUCCGUUAAUCGCGUAGCGAUAACGGUGGCCGUCGAAAGCAGCACGACCCGCGUCGCCGCCACCGUCGUGCCGAUCAUCGUCGUAAUUCUAGUUGCCGUUUUGAUUGUCGCUUUCAUGUACGUAAAGAAGAUGUUGUGCUUCGAAUCGAAAAAGCAACCCGACGAGGAGAAAGUGGACGCGAAUGUCAGCUAUAGGCCAUCGAGCGGCGUCUAUAAUUAUGCGAUGGACAGCAAGGCUAAGGUCCCGGAUGGUGACAACGAGGCGAGCAUUAAGCCACCGCCGAGCAACGAAGAUACAAAGAUGUGCUCGACCCCGGAUAAGCUGAGGAAGGACCUACAGAAGCACCCUCUGGCGACGGAGUUUGAGAGCGUGUACAGAGUACGUCGUGCGUCGGAGACUGGCGAGCCGAUAGCUGAUCCGCGUAGCAAAAAUGUCGAGAAUCUCAACUAUGCCAACUUGGAACUAUCGAAUGCCAACGGGCGCACGGCGGCGCCUAAGAAGGAAGAUGAACCAAUAAUCUACGUUGUCGUGAGCUGUCCGCUUCUGUCACCGAGUGCUCUAUCGGGUCUGGUCAACCUGCGGCAGCUUCAGGAGCUGGAACUGACGAAUUGUCCCGGAGCGUCGCACGAACUAUACGAGUACUUCUGCGAGCACAUGUCACACUGCCUCAUCCUAGAGUAA